UCUUGGGGGAUUGUAUAUUUUAUCUACUGGGAGCUUCUGGAUAUGGCGCAUAUUUAUCAAAGGUGUGAGAAGGCGAGCAGGAGUAAAUUCCUCCCAGCCUUGAUGAUAUGCUUACACAACAGCUCAGGUCCCCAACAUCCACACCUGACUAGACCUUCAAACCAACUUCCAAAAUUUACACUAAGAACAUGACUUCCGGUAUUCUGAAGCCUUUGGUUAUAUUUUGCAGCCAAUCUCAGUCACAAUGAUACAUCAAAACAAUCAGAAAUCUAGGUGAUACAUGGCGCGCCUUUGCUGGGGUCUAAUGACAGAGUCUGGUCUAAGUACCACUCUAAUUAAAACUUUCAUUCGAUCUUAUAUUAAAUAUCACGAAUGAGCCGGAUGAUAAGAUCUCAGUCGACAGGACAAUAUCUGCCGGACCAUCAUCUACAGAAUUCUCCACACUUAUGAAACCUAUCCGACAUUAUCGCAUUUUCGCCGACUAUGGAACGGACUUUAGCUGGCGACCCUUUUAAAAGAAGAUGCGAAAACACUAAAGAUUACGCGGCAAGUGUGUUCCCCAGUGUCUUGGAUGAGGUCACAUGGAAUGUGGCAGGCUAUCUACUUGCUUGGCGUAUUGCGAUCUCUCGCGAAGUUGGAAGCAUUCGAUACUCAGCCGGCCAUUCGGAGUAUCUUUUGAUAAAUGGAAGUGAGACUAUCGUAACUAUACAGGUUUUGAAUCAUCAGUUGGGAUUUUCCACUAAAGGAGAACCCACAUAGUAAAGGGGCCUGAGGCAUAC